AUGGCCCUUCAAAUGCUAGGUGACCAUACCACUGCCACCGCAGGAAAUCCCCAAGAUGUCGCCACACAAUCCUUGAACCCUUCUUCGAACGAAAACAGCAAUAUGGACUCAUCAUGCCCCGAGAAAGUCCAGAUAGAGGCAGACGUCGAAGAGUCAAUGGAGGUUCGGAUUGAGCGACUAGGACGCGAGCGUCCAUCGACUUUCAAGUCGAUAUGGGCUGAAGUCGGCUUUAUCUUUUCUGUCCUCAUGUCCCAGAUCCUGACUGAAUACUUCGUCUCGGGCUUCAACAUCAUUCUCCCCACACUCAUCGAGGCGUUGGACAUCCCUCAAGCGUCUAGCGUGUGGCCGGCUACGGCAUUCUCCUUGGUCAUCGCAGCUACAUUGCUCGUGUUUGGCAGAUUAGGCGAUAUGUACGGUGGAUACCCUGUCUAUCUCAUAGGUCUGGCCUGGCUUGUGGUCUGGAGUAUCGUAUGCGGCUUCGCAGUCAAUCCGUUGAUGAUGGACCUGUGUCGAGCACUACAGGGAUUGGGACCAGCUGCAUUCCUACCAACGGGUGUCAUGCUCAUCGGCACCGCAUACCGACCUGGUCCACGCAAGAACCUGGUCUUCGCGCUCUACGGCACCGCCGCCGUGAUAGGAUUCUACUUUGGCAUUUUCUGCGCCGGGAUCGUUGGCCAAUUUAUUCGCUGGGGAUGGUAUUUCUGGAUCGGCGCCGUCUUGACGUUCACCACGCUCAUCACGUCGGUCCUUUUUGUACCCGACGACAGCAAAGAGCGCCGCAGGAACGGGAUUAAAAUGGACUGGCUCGGCGCUGGGGCUACUGUCUCCGGUAUAGUCCUCGUCGUCUUCGCUAUCACCGAGUCGGCACAUGCAAAGCAAGGCUGGCGUACGCCCUAUAUCCCCACGUUGUUGUGCGUCGGGUGUAUCCUGCUCCUGGUUGCUGUGUACAUCGAGGGUUGGGUGGCCGAAAUGCCGUUACUGCCUGCCGACAUCUUCACAACACCCUGUAUGACCCAACUCACCGUUGCACUGAUGUUGCUGUACGGCAAUUGCGGCAUCUACUUGCUCUACGGGACACUAUAUUUCCAGAAUAUUAUGGGCGCCACACCGCUGCAGGUGGUGGCUUGGUUCACGCCGGUGGCGGUUGGUGGGAUUGUUUUAAACAUCCUGGAGGGCUAUAUCCUGCAUCUCGUGUCGGGCCACUUCCUUCUCAUUGUUGCUGGAGCGGCAGCGGUCGGGUCUCCCAUGCUCCUUGCUUUUGUGCCUGAGGGUGGGAGUUAUUGGGCGUGGAUCUUCCCAUCCUGUAUUUUCACCACGAUGAGCAUCGACCUCUCGUACACGGUGAUCUGCGUGUUCAUCACGACAAAGUUGCCAGCGGCAAGGCAGGGUCUGGCUGGCGGGCUGAUCAAUAGCGUUUUGCAACUCGGAAUGGCGCUCGUCCUUGGAUUGAGCGACAUUAUACAGUCAUACACAUUGGACGAAGUGGGGUUGAGGAAGAGCUAUCAGAACGUGUUCUGGUUAGCCGUGGCUGCCGGUGCUGCGAGUCUCAUCAUGAUGGUCAUCUGGGGCAAAAUCGGCAAAGCCGCGAGCGACCUCACUGCGGACGAGAAGUUGGAGCUAGAGCGUGAAGCAGUCAGACUCUCUUCGCCGAGAGCAGAAACAGGUGGCAAUUGA